AUGGUUCAAUGGCGCGUGUACGACUGCUUUAUUCGUUCUGGCCCUCGACCAUUUAAUGGAAACCCUCACGUUCGUUUCACGCCACUUACACGCAAAGAAGGUCUCAAUGUUGUGCGCGAAACACUGCAGCUAAUUAACAACGCACGGCUGCUUUACGCGAGAGAUGUCGAUUACCAUAACCGCUUUACAUUUCUUGGCUGGGGGCAGUACACGUUGCGGCAGGGCUCGAGCAUUACAUUUUCGGUGAAAAAGUUGUUACCAAAUGUGACACCAGCGCAGCUCAUGGCCACGACGUGGGAUUUGCUAACGAACGGGAAAAACAUCCAGAAAUUGAUUCCGUCCACGGUGAACACGCACAUACGUCCCAUUCAAAAGCUCUCAGAUGACCUUAUUGUCAUCGACCGGCGCACUGAAGACACUGCUCAAACCGGCGUUUUGGGCAAAAAGCUUGCGCUACGAACAGUGUAUGUUUUGUUCCGUAUUGCGGACGCUGAUGGCAGCCAGACAGUGGCAAUGAAGACAAUAAACCUGCCGCUGGUUAAGAAGCUGCUUCGCGACGACGAAUGCUGGUGUGAGAUCUUCUAUUGGAUGCGUUUCUUGCCCGAUGGCAGCAUCCAACCCAGUGGUAGCCAUGGUGACGUUGCAACAGUCACGGAAUUCGGAGGCUCUAAUACAUACUCGCGGGACGAGAUCGCCCAAGCAUGGCUCGGUGAACUCGUGUUCCUUGCUAUCCGUUGGGAGAGCUUGGUCGUGGCACCUACGCUGCUCAAGUUUUGA